GGUGGACGGUGAAAAGAAAGCUACAGAGCCCAGGAAUAUGUUUUGCCCUACCAUGCCACUCCACCAUCCCUUCUGAGUGACUUAAUGGUAAAUAUAUUUAAGGAGAAGAUUAUGAAAAUUAUCCUUAUUAGGAAACCAGAUCAUGGCUUCUGCACCUCCUAUGUUAAAUGAAAAAUCAAGCCCUAGUAACAGCGAAAGUGAGAGUGAGAGGGAGAGCGAUGCUGAAAGUGACAGCUCUGAUGACAGUGAGACCGUGGAGAGCUUGUCCUCAUUUGAUCAAUCCGAAGAAGAAGAUCAUCUAAGCUCAGAAGACAUGAUAAGAGAAGAGCCAGCUUCUGGGCAGUUGCUGUGUGAGUUUGAAAUCGACAAAGAAAAACCUUCAGAUGUUGAAGCUACAGAUGAUAGCAGCUAUGAUUUAGAAAGAUCAGAAUCAACUGAAUAUAAGAAAAUUCUGAGGACGCUCUCAUUGUUGAUUUGGAAUACUCUGUCAAAAUCUCAAAUGGUGAGCUUACUUAAAGACUUUGUUGAGACUGAAUGUUUUUUGAUUGAUGGAGAUUCACUAUUCAUCACUUGUGUUUUAAAUGUGAACUUCAAGAAAGGACAGACUCUUCACUUCUUCUACAUUGUAGAACAAUUUCUGCAUGAUUUCAUUCAAAAGGAAGCCAGAUUUAUAAUAGUUUUUUUUAAGGAUGCAGAAAAUCUGUAUUUUAAUUACCCUGAACUUCUGGCCCUUCGUACCAUAUUGAUUCAACAUUUAGAGUACAAUACUGAUGUCACUAUUCAUACAGAAUUUUCCAACUGUCUGACACCAGAAUGGGAGAUAUUUCUUAAAGAAUGUUAUCCAUAUUUCCUAAUUGUCUCAUAAAAGGGAAUAACACCUCAUCAAACGCAGUUUUUAAACAUUUUUAGCAUUCAUGCUCUUCAGAAGAAAAUCAAUAUUGUACAGCCUUUAGGAAUGGAGUCAGAUGUCCUUAGAAUUUAUGGAUACUAUGCCUCAAGUCGCUAUUUACACAGAGAGUUUUUUGAAAUGCAUAAGAAACAGCUGCAACAUGCCUUACAUGCCUACAUACUGGAGUAUUACCAAAAGUCACAGGAAAAAGAAAUAUUUCUGUACGGUCAUUUGAGGCUAAACUUGGGAGAAAUGCAGAAAGAGAUACAUCAAACCUUGUCCUUGCUUCACACUCUGUGCCCUGAAGGAGCUGACGUGCGAAGUGUUGUCUGCUCUAUUUCAUGUGCUGUGACACUAAAACUCUUUACAAAAAUGUUACAUGAUGCAGAAGAUAGUGAAAACCCACCCACCUGCACAGAAAAUCAAAACGCACAGGACUUGAAGAAAACACCAACACUAAAUGAAGCAGCAUAUCUUUGCAGAAUGCACUGUCUUAGUGUGAUUUUCCUUCAACGUUUACCCCUGUGUCAAAGAGCUAAGAGUAGAAUCAUUACUUCUAUUUGGGACAGAACACUUACACCAUUUUUAAGAAUGUUAAAUUAUUGUAAAUUUUUUACCCUGAAACAAUUAAAGGCUAGAAGUAAUUGGAAUCUGAAUUUCACUGGCUUACCUGACCUAACUGAUAAUAGUUUGUGGAAAAAUAUUGCUUAUUAUUAUGAAAUUGAAUAUAGUAGAGGACUAACCCUGGAAUUGGGUGACACGUUGAACCAGGGGUAUGAGAAGUUGUGGAACACAGUUUUAACAUUAUCUGGGGAUGGUGAUUUCGGAGGGCCUUCGCCUGUGAGGACAACAUCCAGACCAUUUCUUACACACAAAGAAACAUCAUCUAAAGGAUCAAGUCAAGAAAUUCACAAAUUAGGACUCAUUCCUCUGAAAGCUGAGAUUAUAGAAGAUUAUGCUGGAGAUAUUUUGUCAGAACUACCUUUUCUAAGCAGUGAUGACCCAGCUGUUAUAUCUCUUUCUGAGAGGAAAGAAUUUGAUGAACUCAUACACUGGCAUUCUUCUAGGCUUCUCAGUGAUGAUUUUGAAAGGAUGAAGUACAGCAGGGAUGCUAAAUACAAAGGCAUCAAAGAAAGAAGGGAAAUACAGAAAUUACAGUGUUUCUAUCACCUCUUUGGAAAAUCUAUGAUAGGAAGUAACAGAUCAGUAAGAGUUAUAAGAGGAAGAGAUCUGCCACCUCCAGAAAAUUCUUCAGUGCAAAAGAAAAGAAAACCCCAGAAGACAAAUGCAGAAAAAAUUAUUGAGGAAAAUCAAAAGAAACAGCUAGCCAAACUAGAGAAAAAAGAGGAAGAAAGAUGGAAUAAUUUGUCCAAAUGUAUUCAAAAGGAAAUUAAAGAAAAUCCUGACUCUGGAGUAAAAAGACUAGAAGAUUUUAUCCAAAUAUGCCCUGUUAAAUCUAUAAAAUUUGCUGCAGAAAUGGUAGGAUUGGAUGCCUGUUUCAAAUUAUGGAUGGAGCACUGUUCAAAACCAGAAGAAGGAUCCAGAGAUAUCAGCAUAAUAAUUAACUUGAUGAAAAGGAUUCAUGUAAUUCAUGAAAAACAUUCAGAACUAUUACAAACUACACAUCGACAAAAAAUAGCUAAAUAUCUAAAAUAUAUUGGUUUUGACAACUUGGCACACUUAUUAUGUCCUCAGGUGCAGGAAUCAGGUACUGAGAAGGAUAUUUCUAAAUAUUCAGUUCACGUGGGAGCAGCUCGGUUUCAAUUAACAUAUAUGGGACCUUACUUAUUUCGAGAAGAAAGAAGUGAUCCAGACCCCAGAGUGUAUCAUUUUAUACCUGACACAUGGCAGAGGGAACUUCUUGAUGUCAUAGAUAAUAAUGAAUCUGCUGUAAUUGUUGCUCCAACUUCAUCAGGGAAAACCUAUGCUUCUUACUACUGCAUGGAGAAAAUCUUGAGAGAGAGCGAUGAUGGGGUGGUUGUGUAUGUUGCUCCAACAAAGGCUCUUGUUAAUCAAGUGGUAGGAACUGUCUACAGUUUAUUUACCAAAACACUGCCAACAGGAUUAACUGUGUGUGGAGUUUUUACAAGAGAUUACCGUCAUGAUACCUUCAAUUGUCAGGUAGGUCAUACUUUUAAAUAGAAAUUGUUAAACUUUACUGAGUGAUACUUAAGAUUUUUUAAAAUAAUAAAAAGAAUAAAGAUAGUCCAUGUUCACUGUCUUGGGGGAGAAAUUGGAGCAGAAGUUUGGGAACAUCUUCUUGUCAUGAUCCGAUGUCCCUUUCUGGCACUUUCUGCUACUAUCAGUAAUCCUGAACAUCUUACUGAAUGGUUGGUGUUAAUUAAAAGAUACUGGCAGCAUGUUGAAAGCACAAUCGAAAAUUCUGGUCCAUCACAAAAUGCCUGGAAAGGUGCAAAGAAACAACAAAGAAAAAGAACAGAAAAGCCAUCAUACAGAGUUAGAUUGGUGUGGUACAAAGAGCGAUACAAUGACCUGGAAAAGUAUGUGUGUUCCCUAAAGGAUAAUGAUUUUAUCAUUGAACACUAUCACCCAUGUGCUGCACUUACAGUCCAACAUAUAGAGAAAUAUGGAAUCCCUUUAGGUCUUGGAUUUUCUCCACGGGAAAGCGUACUGCUAUAUGAUGCAAUGGCACAUGUUUGGCCAGAAUGGACAAGGAUGCAGGAGUUAGAACCUGAAGAAUUCAGCUACUUCAAAAAUAAAAUAGUCAUUAUGAGGACAGAUGCCAAGAAAUAUGAAGAAGAGCUGAAAAAGGAAGUGAUUCAUUGGAUUCAGCUGGACCGAAGCAAGGUGAAUGAAUUACUGAAGUACCUUAAGCCUCAAACUUUUGACAGUGCAGAAACUGAAAAGCAAAGAAUGUUUCCUUGUUUUGUGGAAAAACUUAAAGAAAUGAAUAAGCUGCCUGCAAUAUUCUUUUCAUUCAACAUUCACUCAGUGGAACGAUCAGCUUCACGACUUCUUACAAAUCUGAUAAUCAAACAGAAUACUCAUAAUGAUCCAAAUUCUGAAAGAGAGAAGAAAAAUUUGAACAAGAAACUAUGGAAAGCAAUAAAGUCUCAAAGAAGAAAUUAUGCUGUAUUUUUAAAUUCAGAUUCAGGUGCUAGAAUUCAAAGAAUGAUUGUAUUAAAAUCUAAAAUAACGGAAAUGAAGAAAAACCUUAAGAAGUAUUAUGAAGUGACCCCAGGCUGUACUUAUGCAGACCGUACAGUUGUGGACAGUCAGACUUUAUCAAAGAUCGUAUACAGACUGAGAGGAACAAGAAAAAGCUACAAACUGCACGGUCUGUUAAAGCGGGGCAUCGGAUAUCAUUAUGGUCCAAUGGAGUAUAAACAAAGACAAGUUGUAGAGAUACUUUUCAGACUGAAACACGUCCAGGUGGUAACAGCUACCUCUUCCCUUGCUUUGGGAAUUAACAUGCCAUGUAAAUCUGUUGUUUUUAUGGAAGAUUCUGUUUUUUUGGAUGCCUUGAACUUUCGACAGAUGUCUGGUCGUGCAGGAAGACGUGGUGAAGAUCUUACAGGAAAUGUGUUCUUCUAUGAUAUUCCAUUACCUAAGAUAGAAAGGCUCUUAAAGUCAAAUGUGCCCAAACUGAAGGGUCAGUUUCCUUUAAGCAUUUCCUUGGUUCUCAGACUUCUGCUUUUAGUUGCCAAAGCAGAUGACAAAGAGGAUGCCAAAGCAAAGGCAUUAUCAGUUCUCCAGCAUUCACUGAUGUCCUUCAAGCAACCAAAGAUCAAGUGCAUGUUAAAGUUUUACUUUAUAUAUUCUUUGCAAUUUUUGGUCAGAGAGGAAUACUUGAAUCAAGAAUGUAUUCCCAUUGGAUAUUCUGGACUUGUGUCCCAUUUGCACUACCAUGAACCUGCAAACUUUGUUUUAGUAAGCUUGCUGAAGAAAGGUUUAUUUCACAAGUUGUGUAUUCCAACCAGCAUAAAUGGCCAAAAGAGCUUUUCUGAAGAUGUGAUGGAAACCUUAGUGGUCGUGUUAGCAAAUCUUUUCGGAAGACGGUAUCUCCCUCCCUGUGUGAACAAUUUUGAAAUGAGAAUUUCUCGUUCAGAGGUAAUUCUAGAUGAUCUUCCCAAGGAAUUUGCUGAAGUGGUAGAGGAACACAACAACACAAUUCAGAAGAAUUUUGGUUCCUUCCUCCUAACGAUUUCUAAGUUGGCGGACAUGAGAAAAGAAUACCAACUACCUCUCUCAGAAAUUGACUUUUCAGGUAAAGAAUGUGAAGACUCUGAAUUGGUCUCUCAUUUGAUGCCUGGAACUGAGAGCAGAACUGCUGUCUCCCCAUUUGCUUGCCUGUCAAACAUAACUGAUCAAGAUUUAUUUCAUAUUAAUGUGGUGAAUGAUGCUAUGCUACGAACAACUAAAGUGGAUGUUACAAAAGUUCCUUUCUUUCAGUUGACUAAAUAUGAUAAGAAUGGAAGGAAGUGUCCAUUGAAUGGUUAUGUAUUGAAUUUCUACAAAAACCGUUCCCUAUCAGGACUCACUUCGGAUAAUUGGUUAAAUAUGGGAGAUGCUUAUCAUUUACUGAAAGAUUUUGCACUUACUGUUCAGUCCAUCAGGAUUUCACUGAGUGAAUUAUGUGAUGAUGAAGAUGACAAUGUUGUGUUAGCAUUUAAACAAUUAAGUAAAACAUUCAGUCAAAUCUUAGGAAAAAAAGGCUAA